ACUGUUUGAGUCGCGUCGCGUGUAGGCGCCCGUGUAGAGCGUUCUCUUUCCUGUCGUUCCCCUUGCCUGAGUUCUGCAGUUCUGGCUUUUGUUCUGUCUGGAGUAGACAUUCUGAAUUUUGUUUUAGACUCUUGAUUUUUUUUUUGUGGCUGUAGGUGAGUUUUAUAGUUGUUCAACGUCCUUCCUGAUGAGAUAAAUCAAGUUCAAGUGGUCACAGCGAUAACCGACUAUGGCUGCUUUACUCGAAACCCCCGACCGAGUUUGGCAGCGCAUUAAAGAUGUUGAGGGAAGAGAAAUGCCAUCUUUGCCAUCUCUGCCAGGCUUCGAUGACUCUGCAGAACUACCAACCAUGGAGGAGACCAGCACCGAGGAAGAUAACUCGUUCAACCCCCUACACUCCACCCCUGCUGCCUUUUCUAAUCACACUGCAGCUUCUACGAUACGACCACCAUCUAGUACGACAAGUACUGUUCGCUUUGCACACUCGAUUGCUUCACGAUCCACGAAAUCUUCUGCAUCAGUUUCUAGAGGGUUCUCUGCUAGUGCGCGCAGUAGUGCACCUGCUGAGAAUAGCUUCGAUAUCAGCGCGAUCCCCAGUGUUCCAAAUGUUCGAGGAAGCGCUUAUGACAUUCAACCUAGUGAUCAAGAUACAGAUGAUGCAGAUGACUAUCUUCCUCCAGCUGGAGAGCCUGUCAUCGUCGACGACGACGACGAAUUGGACAUCAGUGAUGCACUCCAGUCAAUGAGCCGCUCUGGUUCUCCUGUACCCGAUGGCCAACCUACUCCGAAGAAAGUUUACGACUACUCCGUCAGCCUGCGUUCUGAACCAAAGGCAUCUCCAUUUGACAAAUUGCGAAACAUAUCUUUUCGCCGACCUCCUUCACGAACCCUUGCUAGGACACCCUCUCUGACUCGUACGACACCUUCCCCAAAUUCAUCCACGUCGCAUUCCACACCUGGCACGACCCGAUCCUACCCCAACUCUCAGAAUGCGUCCCCCCUUCCUGCGCUCAAUAUUCCUCUACCACGAUCUGCCACUGCGUCACCUACUACCGCAUUCUCACCACGCACUGUUCGACAGGAAGUUCGGUUUGCGGAUGUCUCUGGCGAUCGAAGUGUGCAGGAACAUCCUUCACAGUCUGAGCAAGACAUGUCGAUCGAAUCCAACCUUCAUACAGAACAGGAGCACACGAACCAAGGUCAAGAUGAGCGAGAGCCGACUUUCUCAUCAGAAGAAGGAAUGCGUUCUUCCACUCGAGACACUAGUAGUAAUGUGACGGGGUAUGAUAAUCAUAUGCCUUCGCCUGCAGAGAUUGCAAGCGCAUUCUCAUCCCCUGCGCCUUCUGCCCUGUUUACUCCUACACCCGCUUUUCAACCUCGUCCCCGAGCCCGUUUCAAUCUUCAGCCGCAAGUGUCAACGACACCACAAGAGAAUCCAGGAGACGAAAGUAACCAGGAUGAGACCACCUGGCGAGCGGAUCCCCAGCAGCAUGGCUCUAACGAGACACACCAAGAAGACUUUCGCGAAGACCCCGCCACUCCGCACGCCCACAAGCGUUCUUUCCUCCUCUCCGUGAUUAACUCUACAGCGAGACCCCGUCCAAAGUUCCUACCCACUCCCCAUCCCUAUCGUGUACAAAACAAUGUAAAUACUGAAGAAGCAGACCAAACCGCCAUGCCCAUGACUCCCGGAGUGAACUUGCAUUCCGCUUUCGCAGGUGUAACGCCUCGCCCGAGAGGUCCCGUCCGUCGUCGACUCUCUCAUCCACUCACACAGACUUUCGCGCCUCAUCCAACUCCCGCGCAAUCGACACAAUCGGGGGAUACUGGCUCUCGUUCCGAGUCUCCUUACGAAGAACGGGUAUCAUUCAUCUCCACGACUUCCUCGCAAGACCUUACCACCCAUGCACGCGCUAACGCCUCUUUCGAUCCCGUCAUUGGAUUGGGGGAGAGAGGACAUGGUCUCGGAAGGUUCAACGCUGGGAAGCUGAACUCUUAUUUACAUGGACUGAAUCGGAAGUUGCAAGAAGAAAACGAAGGUCUCGUGGCGAGAUUGAGGGAGUACGAAGAGACCUACGGAAACAUCCAGGACAAAGGAUCGGGCAGUCAGGCGGGUACCACCCCAAGUCCCACGAGUACAUACAACUCCAGCCGCAGCAGACGUACGAGCGGAGGUAGGAGAGUUAGUGUCGGCCCAGGCCUCAAUCUCGGUGAUGUUGCCGAAGUUGCAGAAGGAAUGGCUGAGGAAAAGGCUGCGCUUGAGGAUAUGGUCGACGACCUCAAGGAAUCUCUAGAAAAGUGCACUGCCGAAAAAGAAGAAGCUGAAAAGGCGUUGGAAAGCGAGAGGAACGAGCGCGCCAGGGAUAAGGAACGAUGGAGAGAUCGCAUGGGUGAAGUGGAGAAAGGCGUGGAGAACAUUGUCCGGGAGUUGGAGAAUAAGCAACAUGAGGCGGAAGAGAAGGCCAGGCUUGCUGAAGAAGAUAAAGUUCGGACGGUCAGAGAGGUUGAGAGGCGGUUGGCUGAGGUAGUUGUGGAGCGGGAUAUCCUCCAGGAACGCAUCGAGCAAGCUGAAGGUGCUCUGGAGAGCGGUCGAGAUCUUGGUGCUGAGCUGAAUGCUGCGAACGAGAGAGUGGGUAAGGCUAUGGGUGAGCUGAAGAAUGCCGAGAUCGAAAUCAAAGAGCUAGAAGACGAGGUGAAACGAAAAGGAGAUCGUGUCAUCACCUUGGAGAACGAUUUGAAGGACGAGAGGCAGCAUAACUCGGACUUGCAGGAGGAGUUGGAUAUCACUGUUGACAAGUUCUCUCAAGCUGUUCGUCGUGUUGAAGACUUAGACAAGGAGCUGAAGACUACGCAGCAAGAAUUGGCAGCUUCCAAGGACUAUAUCACUCAGCUGGAACAAGAUGCAGGCACUGCGGCGGAACGUAUCCAGGACUUCGAACAUCAAAUCGCUUCGACUCAUGCGGAACUCGAGGAGGCCCAGCGCGAACUUGAAGAAGAGUUUCAGGCAGUCGACCACCUCGAAGAGGAGAACAAGAAAUCCGCUGAAUUGGCUCGUCAAAUGGAAGAAGCACUAGAAGCUGCUGAACAAAGGAUGAUAGAGGACGAGGAACAACUUGCCGCGUUCAAGGAUAAAGUCGCAGCCUUGGAGCGUGAGCUCGACAAAUCCAGGUCCUAUCACGAACCAUCGCAGAUCGGACCUGAUCCUGAACUCCAAGCUCAGAUUGAAGAUCUUGAGAAUGAGCUUACGGAGGCACACAAGGAAGUUGCGAGAUUGAAGACUGCACUUAGUCAAUCGCCUGCUCGGAAGGCUAUCGAGAAAGCCAAGGAUGCGAAGAUCGAGAUGCUUGAGAAGGAGAAGGAGGACCUUCAGGAGCGACUGAAGAUGUUGAAGACCCAGUCCCAGGGCUUCAAUACGCCUAGUCGUGUUGUCAACAACAGUGGUAUCUCUCCUAUGCAUAGACAUAUUCUGUCGAUGAAGAGUCCUAAGACACCCGGUGGACCCCUGCGAGAUAUGUCAUGGCUGCAUAGCACGAUGAACGAUGCAACCGCGGCACCUCUCAUCGCUGAAAUCGAGAGACUCCAGCAAGAGCUCGAGCGUGCCAACGAGGACAUUGACGACAAGCUCGACCGCCUCGAAGAUGCAGGCGUAGGCGUCGUCAGCCUUACUCAGCAGCUUGAGGAUGCCAAGACGAAGGUGUCGAUGCUUGAGGUUGAGAUUGCGCUAGUGUCUCGAAGAGAAGAGCGUCGGAUCAAACGUCUCCAGCGAGUAAGGUGUCAGAAGUGUCGAACCAAGGUUGAUCUCAGUGCAAUCAUUGAAAUCAAUGUUGGAGACGAUAGCUCCUACCUCGAUACGUCAACCAUAAGCAUGGCCACGGAACCGCCAACACCCCCGACCAAGACCAGCGAGAAACUACGAGGCGACCUACAAGCCGUCAACACGCAGCUGAACUCUAUGAAGCAGCAAUGGGAAGGGGAAAGACAGAAGCUCUUGGGCGAGAACGCUGUUUUGCAAGAUGCCACCAAACGCCUGAAUGCCGAAGUGCGAAACGCGAAGACUCAAAUUGAGCGUUAUGCCAACAAGGAGCGAGAGGGUGAACGAAACAGAGGUGACAUUGAACAGGAACUUGCCAAUGCCAAGGGUAUGGUCGAGGAACUGGAGGAAGAGUUGAAGGAGGAGCGCUCUCGUCUCCGUGCUCUGACGGCGGAACAGACUCAAGCGGAACGGCAAAGGGAGAAAAUCACCUUGCAGCUUCGUCGCACAGAAUCUGACAUGUCCGAAAUCAAGGAGCAUCUUCACAAGAUCAAACAGGAGAACCACGAGCUGGAAGCCGAGCUGCGCAGCAAUGCGAAUAUUGACCAGAAAGCUCGUCUUCUCGAACAGAAGGUGGCGGAAAAUGCCGCAACCAUCGAACAACUGCGACAGGAACGUUCUCUGCUUGUUGCGGACCAUAAGAAUCUUCAGAAGCGUUAUACGGAAGCCUCUAAGCAUGUCAACAAGCUACGCGAUAACUGCGUCGCUGGACAGACGUCUCACGAUAACAGACGUCAUCAGCUGGACCUACAAGUUCUGGAAAUCGAGGAUCUGCGCCGGGCGCUCUCGCAGCGAGAUGACGAACUACAGCGAGUAGAAGAAGAGAAGAAACAGAUGGCCAGCGAGAAAGAUGAUGUCGCUCGUACAGUCGCAGCUCUUGAAGCAGACCUUCGCCGUGUCAAGAGGGAUGCCGAAGCCUUUGGCAGGGAUCUUAAGUCUCUUAGAGCACAGAAAGACAAAUUGGAAGCAGAACGCAAGGAGGCUAUUGGCAAAGCUGAACGAGCCCAGAAGCAAGCACAGUCCCAGAUUCGUCUUUUGAAGGAGGAGCUUAUGUCCCAGAAGGAGAAGGCUCGUGCAGGGGAGGAACGGUGGCGCUCCCAUGUUUGUGCAGCCGAUGAGCAACAGCUUCAGUCUGUCAAGAUCCAGCAUAAGAAUGAAUGCAAGGGCCUGGUUGUACAAAUCCGGUACCUAAAAGCCAAGUUCACCCGAGAAUCAACUUUGCGAUGUGACUUGGGAUAUCAGAAAAGAUACCUUUUGGCACUUCUAGGGAGGUCUGAGAGAACCGAGCAGAAGAUCCUAGCAGCCAUCGCAAGGAUAGGCUUCCUCACGAUCGAUCCCCCAAAGCACCAAGUUCCAAAGAGGACCUUCAAAACGGUUGUACUAUCUGUGAUCUUUAUCCGACGAGCAGAACGAGCGAGUGAAGCUUGGCGACAACAAACGGCUUCAAAGGAAGCUAUCGCUGCUGCUCUUCAGGAGGUUCGUCGUCGCCGAAUCACCAGCCCAGCAGACGAGGCACCAGUUGUAGCAACUAGUAGUAGGAAGGGAAAAGAACGAGCACCGUCAUAACUCCUUUUCCAAUUUAGCAGUAAUCUUCAUUUGUUUAUUCCAGCUUGUUUGGUACCAUAGUCUUUCUUGUGUAUCACUGGACUCUUGUAAUAGAUACCAUAAGCAUGUAUUGAAUACUAAUCUUGGCUUUCGGGAACAACAGUAUCUAUCGACGCGUAAUUCCAAUUCGUCUGUAGACUCAUCUACCGUUACAUGAAUACGAUUCCCAUUCAGAAAUCACAGCAUUUGUGAGGAUCUUCGUGCCUGAAACACGUCUCUGAAGAAGAUGUCGAAAGAAACAUUCUGAGGGAUCCCUGUCCCUAAUUCUUGGUAGGUCGGAUAGCUUGAGCAUCAGGCCACUUCUCGAAAUAUCCCGC